AUGGAACACGAUACCAUUAAGCGCGCUUCAAAACACAAGGUCUCUCAUGUCACCGCAGACCACGGUAGCAAGAGAAAACGAAAGCACAAAUCCGACAAGGAAAGUGGCAGCAAACGCCGACAUAAGGGAGACGCGGAGCGGCACAUUCACAUUGUGGACGAUGACCCGGACGCUGACAUGUGGGAGGAGAAGAACAUAGAUAUGGAUGGGGAAGAGCCUGUCGCAGCCAAUAUCCCGACGACGGAGAGCCUGAAAUUGACUUCGCAUGCUUCGGUUGAGCCGACUGAUCCACCAUUACCGCCCCCGACUAGGACGGAGACCACAAUCAAACGAGAUGAAUGGAUGCUCAUGCUCCCCUCAACACCUCUCGUUCCCGACGUUCAGUCACGCCUGGAGGCGCCUACGGGUGAUGAAUUGCUAACGGAAGACUACGGAGAACCAUCACAGAAUGCGCGUAACAUGAGUGGAGCUGUCGACUUCUUCUCCAGUCUGGGAACAGAUAUUAGGAAGAGGAAGUCUCAACCAGAUCGACCAGAUCCCGACAAGCCUCAUAUUAGCCACAGGGAACUGAACACUGCUAUUAAAGAAGGCACAUCUAUUGAUGAUGUACCUCCCCCCACACCCAAGGCUCAGGUGCCUGGAGGGCCUGGUUCCCAAUGGCGGAUGAUGAAACUCAGGCGCGUAUAUGAGCAAGCGGAGGAAGAGGGGAAAUCUGCCGAGGAAGUAGCACUUGAUCGCUUCGAAUCUCUCUCAGCGUUCCGGGAUGCUCAAGAAGAGCGCCGCAUACUUGAUGAGCGUGAAGGGCGGCGCGCAAGCAGGGGCAGCGACUCGGAACGUAAGGGGAAGGGAAGGGGACAGGGACAAGGCAGCGGUCGUCCCGAACAGCGAUUCAUGUUCUCCGACGUAGGCGGGAGCGCCAUGUCGAGCCGUAGCUCAUCCUUCCGCCGCCCCGACCUCGGUGCGAACACACCGGCGACGCCGACGCCCGAAACACGCGCGGGCGCGAGCAACCCCAAUCGACAAUUCGACUCGAUUCGCCUGCCCUCGCAGGCGGGUACACCCGGCCAGCGGGGGCAAUCGCAGUUGCACACGCCCAUCCCGUCCGUGAUGACACCGUCUGCGUCGCUCGUGGGUGCGCGUGGGCGGGCGCUCUCGCCGUCGUCGCUCAACCGGAUGCAGGCGAAGGUUCUGCGCGCGAAGCUGACUGGCGCGUCUGACGCGGAGAACCUGGAGAAAGAGUACGACGAGGAAAUGCGUAAGGCGCAAGGUGUGGAAAAGGGUGGCGUGCGGACAAAGGUGGAAGUGCUACCGACACUAGAUGCGCGGGGACGGCUGUACGAUGUGGGCCAGGGUAGAGAUGAUUCCUCGUUACCAGCAGGGAAUCGCAAGCGGAAUCCGCAGUUCGAGACGCACGAUCGUAAGACGGGCGAGCGAGUCCGUGUCAACCCCGAUGACGACGAGAUCACGUUGGGUGAGAUGCUCCGACAGGAGCGUAUGGGGGCUGGCCAGGCAGACCAAAAGAAUCUGGACGCGGAGUUCGCGAGGCAGAUCAUGACCGAUGCCAAGUUCCAGAACGAUAUCGAGUAUCUGGACGACAACGCGGAGAAACUCGCGAGGAAGAAGAUGCGCUCGGACGCCAUGAAGCGCCAAUUUGCCAUCAAUGAUUACAAACAAACGCAAAAGGUUCUCGCGACGUGUCCGUUUUGCUUUGGUGAGGACGAUUCGUUACCGAAGGCGCCUAUCAUUGCCAUGGGCACCCGGGUGUACUUGUCGUGUACACUGACGGAUGAGCUCGUUGAGGGGCACUGUAUCAUUGUGCCCAUACAACAUCACUUGAACAUGCUGGAGGGUGACGACGAUGUUUGGGACGAGGUCCGGAACUUCAUGAAAUGCCUGAUGCGCAUGUUUGCGGAGGAAGACAAGGGCGUCGUGUUCUACGAGACUGUGAUCAACCUAAAAUGGCAGAAGCACACAGUCAUCGAGUGCGUGCCCCUACCGUGGGUGCAUUUCGAGCAAAUACCUGGAUACUUCAAGGAAUCGAUCUUGAUGUCGGAGACUGAAUGGUCACAGCACAAAAAGCUCAUCGACUUCUCAGCGCGACCAGGCGGUUUCCGCCGCGCGAUGGUGCCCAAUCUGCCGUACUUCAUGGUGCAGUUCGACUACAAGGGCGAGAAGGGCUACGGGCAUGUCAUCGAGGGAACAGGUGAAUCAGCUGGCACUGGCGAGGACCCGGAAGGGGACAUCGAUGAGGGCGAGAAGGGCGGUGGUGAAUUCCCUAGAUAUUUCGCUGGCGAGAUCAUCGGCAACUUGUUGGACCUGGAGCCCAGGCGGUGGCGGAGACCACGGCGCGUUGAUUUCUACCAAAACAGAGAACGCGUCGCAAAGUUCAAGAGCAAGUACGAUAAAUAUGACUGGACUGGCAUGAUAGGACAGUCUUGA